CCCAGCGCGCGCUCCGGGGGCUGCGCCAACUCUCCGCCCCCCCCCCGCGGCUGCGCCACAGGCGCUGCUGCCGCCUUGCGCUCAGUCCGCGCAGCCCGACCAAUCCGAGCCGGGGCUGGGAUCACGUGACGGAAGCUUGGUCGCUGCGCUUUGGCUUGCGGCGGGCUCCGGGUUGCGCCGCCGCCGCCGCGAUGAGGAGGUGCGGGGGGCUGACGGGCGCCCAGCCGGCCACCCCGGAAGCGCAGCAGGUUGCCGACGAGGUGAAGCUUCAGGUGGAAGAAAAAGAAGGGAAGAAAUUUGAGGUCUUCACUGCUGUGGAGUUUAAAACUCAGGUGGUUGCUGGAAUAAACUACUUCAUCAAGGUCCAUGUUGGCAAUGAGGAGUUCUUGCACUUGCGGGUGUUCAAAAGCCUUCCCCAUGAGAACAAACCUCUGAGCCUCUCCAGUUAUCAGAGCAGCAAGACUAAGCAUGAUGAGCUGACUUACUUUUAGCGGCUCUUUGGAAGAGCCUCUCUCAAUUUUCUUUUUUUUAUAGGCUACAAAGUGAUGUUUCCUAUACCAAUGAAUAGAAUGAAAGUGCAUUGAAAAAUCUUGUCUGAAAUAUCAAUUCCUUUUCUAGAGUUCCCUCCCUCCUCAGUAUCCCAAAGAAGGGGCCUGGUUCUCUUCUCACUUACACUAGUGUAAAACAGGCAAAGUUCCAUUGAAAUCAACGGAUUUACACCAGCAUAAAUUCCAUGUAAGUGACUAGAGACUCAUGCCCAUAGAAUCUGUUGUGAGCUGAAGAGAAAAGGGAGUAUAACCAGUACAACUGUGACGUAGAGCAGUAUAAGAAUUAGAAUUUCUUCUAGCCCUGUUACAGAAUGACAGUGUUACUCAAUACAUUGUAAAGAGCAAACACAUGUUAUUGUUAGGGAGCUAAAGAUGGCAGUUUACAACACUGGAGCAAACUUGGAAAAGUGAAAAGAAAUAGGAUCAUAGUCAUUUGAAAUAGAAGCAUUUCCUAGGCAAUCAAAUCCAUCCCCCUGCAAGGAUAUGAUAUAGUUCCCCAUAGAGGACAUGUCAGAUAUGACAGCGCUUCUUCACCAGAUCUUAACCAAAAGUCCUUGUAAGGCAUUAAAACCACAUAGCCACUUCUAAACAGAUAAUAUUUCUACGGAAAGUACAAGGUGUAUUUAGCAGGAGUUUCACUCUGUUCUCUUAGCUGUUGUUGAAAAUAUAUGUGUUGAUUUGGAUUGUUUUCUUUAUAAAGGCCAUCUUCCUCACAGCCCCAAGAAAGGGCAAUCUCCCUGACAGACCAGCUGCCAUUAAAAUGCAGAUUAAAAGUGCUAUAUAAGAG